AUGGCUCCUGACCCCGACGUAUCUGAAAACAUUGGCCGUUCUUCCCCAGAACCAUCAGAAUACCGGACUAAAGAAGCAAUCUCAACAGCAGUCGAGGCAUCCAACAUCCACAAUGGAGAACUUCACUACAUCCGUCGCGGCCAAGAGGUCACAGACGACACUCUCUCCACCGACUCGAUCGAAGGAUAUGAGGCAGAACAGAUGAAAGCUCGAGCGCUACUAAAAUACGAAGAGGAGAAAAAUCUAUUGCGUCGCAUUGAUUGGCAUCUUAUGCCUCUCUUAUCGAUAUGUUUCCUAUUGAAGAAUGUCGAUUAUUCGAACGUUUCGAAUGCGAAGAUUAUGAACUCGGGAACACAUCAAAAUAUCCUGAAACAGUUGGAUAUGACCGCUAACGAAUUUAACUUUGUUUCCACGAUUUAUUAUAUUCCUUACAUUAUCGCUGAAGCUCCAUCCAAUCUAUUCGUCAAGCGAAUGCUGCCAUCAAGAUGGCUAUCUCGAAUCAUCGUCACCUGGGGAGCAACGCUCUGCUGCCACGCAGCCGUCAAAUCCAAAGAAGGUCUCUACGCCGCUCGAUUCUUCCUCGGUCUCUUCGAAGCAGGUCUUUUCCCCGGCGUAAUACUGCAACUCUGUUACUGGUACCGACCAGAUGAGAUGUCCAAGCGCCUGCUAUACUUCUAUAUCCUUGGAAAUUUCAGCACGGUCAUUAGCGGUGUUCUGGCGUAUGCUUUUGAUGGCGUGUCUGGGAAAGGAGAUCUUUCUGGAUGGCAGUGGUUGUUUCUUGUCGAGGGAAUUGUCACUGUAGUGUUUGGGAUAGCUCUUUGGUUAUUGCUGCCAGACUUUCCACCAACAGCGAAAUGGCUCACGGAAAAGGAAAAGGCCUUCAUCCAAGCUCGGCUCCCCAGCAACGCUCCACGAGAAUCGGAAUCAAAUUUCAGUUUCCGCGAGAUCUUGGUAUCUCUCAAAGACAUCAGAAUGUGGCUGUUUACUCUAUGCUGGGCAACCUUCACAGUCGGAACGUUUGGUCUUACCUUUUAUCAACCAACUGUGAUUGCUAACCUAGGCUUCACCUCAAUCAACAAGUCCCAACUCCUAAAUAUCCCAACUGCGUUCCUCACAGUAGCAAUCAUCGGCAUCUUCGGUCUCUGGGCCGACACAGCCCGUCUCCCACGCCCCUUAUUCCCCCUCUGCUUCAUGAUAGUAAUCCUCGCCUGCUACAGUGUUCUCUACACCUUCCCCAAUACCGGCGGCGUCUACGCCGCAACUAUAAUCGCCUCUUCGGUAGCAUCAGCCUGGUACCCCAUGAUGUGGCCCUGGCGCGUCCAAACCACAUCUCGCGCAACCGGCUCAGCAUUCAGUAUAGGCUUCGUGAACAGCUAUGGACAGAUUGGAGGCGCGUUGGGGCCGCAGAUCUUUAGGAGUCAGUAUGCGCCGAGGUAUACGGUUAGUUUUGCGAUUGCAAUGGCGUUGGUUGGGGUGGCGAUUGGGAUGAAUCUGGUUACAUGGUGGGUUACGAGACGGACUGAACGAGACACGAGGGUGUUGAAGUUGGCGAGAUUGAGAGCCGCGGGGAGGGGAGAGGCGGUGCUCGAUGAUGUUGUAAUUGAUCGGAAGGAGAAGGGUGGGAACGCCGUAUUUUGACGGUCCAUUCCAAAUCUCACUGCUCAUUGACUUGAACAUGAUGUUCUGUUGAACGGUCUUUGACUAAACAUUAAGCCAAUUAAGCGAUGAAAUCGGAUUCGUGCUGGAAGCCCUUGAAUAGCAGACUUCACAACGCUUCAAUGACCGAAGCUUCCCAAGACACAGGUUAUUAGACAGAGGAAAUGAACAUCGAUCUGUAACUAUGCCAUAAAACCCGAUUAUAGACAACCAGCAGCACUGUUGUCCCUGAACUUUGGAAGUGUUCGGGUAGCAUUUAGGGGG